AUGUAUCAUGUUAUUGUGGAAAGCACAGGGCGGAGGAGAUCAAGUGUUCUGCAUUGUCGGAGGGCUCUUGGACGUGUGGGGAUACGUGUGGAAAGGAGCUGUCAUGCAGACACCAUAAUUGCACUCUACCGUGCCAUGCUGGCCCUUGUCCGAGUUGUCCUUACGACCCUAAAGUCAUUGGGGCGACGCGAUGCGCUUGUGGUAAAACUACUGCGGUUGUUGGGGCGGCCUCGAGGGUCUCGUGCACUGACCCUUUCCCUACGUGUGGGAAGAUUUGUGGUAAACCUUUGGCGUGCGGUCAUCUGUGCCCGAGAAAAUGUCACAACGGUCCAUGUGACGAUGAGAAGUGCGAGGUUAUGGUAG